AGUAGAGGAGAAACCCCGGCCUGGUGUGGGAGAGAGAGAUGUGAUUGUGCGUGUUUGGGACGAGAGAAGGGAGCGCAGAGUGAUCCUAAUCAAGGCAAAAGUCCGACGCACACUUAUAUCACGUGGGGUGUGGAUUUGUACUGAGAAAGUGUCGCUGGAGUGACUUCUGGUUCUACUUUGUUUUCCUCCUCUCUUUGCCUUUCCACCCCUCCUCCGCCCUGCAUUCCGCGGAGCAGCUGUGUUUUAAUGCCCCUGCGCACCCGAGGACGAGAGGAAGGAGAGAAGAGUGAGGAAGAAGAGGCAGAAGAAGAAGAAGAAGAACAAGAAGAAGAAGAACAAGAAGUGAGAAGGCCUGGACACCACCCGUCCUCGCCCUUUGGAGGUCUGUCCACUCUCCCCACCUGGCCCUGCAUGGACAGGGAUGGGGAGAGCCGGAUGCUGUUGCCGCGGGGCUGAGCGCCUCGCCUCCCCGUCUUCGGUGCGCCGCUUCCGGCCACUGCUGCUGCUGAUCAUCGCUCUCUGCUGCGGUGCACACAUAGGUCAGUGCCAGGUGGCCACACCUCAGUGUCGCAUCCAGAAGUGCACCACAGACUUCGUCUCCUUGACUUCUCACCUCACACCGGCUGUGGAUGGCUUUCACGUUGAAUUUUGUAAAGCUUUGCGGGCAUAUUCUGCGUGCACCCAGAGAACAGCCAAGUCCUGCCGGGGGAACCUGGUCUUCCACUCAGCUGUGCUCGGCAUCUCAGAUCUCAUGAUCCAGAGGAAUUGUUCCAGAGAUGGGCCCACUUCGUCCACACACCCCGAGGCCCACCAUGAACCCUGCAACUACCACAGUCGUACCCAACAUGCCCACACACACUCCCAUGCACACACACACACACACUCUCACACCCACAGUCAUGGCCACAGCCACCCACAGCCUGGCUACUUGUUCUGUGGGUUAUUUGGGGACCCGCACCUCAGGACAUUUAAGGACAGCUUCCAGACUUGUAAGGUGGAAGGGGCAUGGCCUCUCAUUGAUAAUGACUAUCUGUCGGUACAGGUCACAAAUGUUCCAGUGGUGACUGGCUCCAGUGCCACCGCAACCAAUAAGGUCACCAUCAUCUUCAAGCCCUAUGAGGGUUGCACAGACCAGAGAGUCUACCAGGCUGUUACAGACAACCUCCCUGCUGCCUUUGACGACGGCACUGUCAGCAGUGGAGACCCCAUCCACCUUUCUGCUGCUGCAGAUGGAGGAACUGGGAAGGUCCGAGCACUGUGGAUCUCUGAGCGUAGUCCUGGCCGACAUGUGGAACUGCAUGCUGGUUACAUUGGUGUAACAGUGAUCGUCCGCCAGCUGGGCCGAUACCUGACCUUGGCAGUGCGGAUCCCUGAGGAGCUAGCACAGGCCUAUGAUGCCACCCAGGACCUGCAGCUCUGUCUGAACGGAUGUCCCAGCGGAGAGCGCAUUGACCAGGGGGGGCAUCUUCCCCUUCCCCUGUCUCCUCCUGCACUCGGCUUGCAGCUUCAGCAACUCCGCCGGCCCACCUACUCUUCACAGACACAAGGAUCCCCCUAUGGCGGCUCACAGGCGUUUGGGGUGGAGGGGGCAAAAGAACGCUGCCGGGAGCAGCUGGAGGUGCAGGACAUUUACUUCCACUCAUGUGUGUUUGACCUGUUGACCACUGGGGAUGCUAACUUCACAGUGGCAGCGUACAGUGCCCUAAAGGACAUGGAAAGUCUUCAUCCACACCAGGACAGAUGGAGGAUCUACCCCAGAGGCUCUGCCACCUCCACCUUACCCCCUCAUUCUCAUCCCAUUAAAAGCCUUGCUCUGCUCCUGCUGUGUGCGCUGAGUGUGGGGUUCAUCUAGGAGGUGAAGCGUUGAUGCAUUGACCCGUGUUUCUGUGUUGUGGGCUUGUAUGUGUGCACUGGAAAGAGAGUUUUGGCAGUUUUUUUUUGCUGAGCACUGACACUGAGCACUGAUUCCUCUCAUGAUCAGAGAGGCAGCAGCCUGGACAGUUACUGUGUUUUUGUCUGGAGGACCCCAGACACACAGGCAACACUGUCAGCAUCGUAUUAUGAGGGUCUACAUGGCUUAAUUAGCCUUUUGAGGAAAACCGGAAGAGAAAUCGUUAUUUGGAUUGGACUUUGGUGACAAUGACACAAACAUUCUUGUGCAGAUUGCGUGUGCAUCACACAAUGCGGAUGUACACUCCACACUGUAAAUAGUUUAUUUUGUCUUCAGUGAACAGUGUAAUGCCGUAGGGUUUUUUUGUGCUGUUAGAUGUGAUUUUUCUUUAAUACCUCAGACAGAGGAUGUUUGUUUUAAACAGAAGCACUUUAUUUAUUUUAUUUUAUUUUUUACAAAUCCAUAUCAGUGUUUCUUCCUCUCACAUACUGUCCUCAACCAAAAAAUCCAAUGCCUGUAGUUUUUGCUGGCCUUCUACUAAGUUGAAAUAUAAGGAGCUGCCAUUUUUGUUAAAAUGCAUUAGUUUUCCAGUAGCAGAUUUGACUCAGUAUCCUGUUUUAAGUCAGUCAAUGUGAGUUGUUCUCUUUUGAAUGUAUUAUGGAUAUUGUCAAAGCAAACGCCAUCAGUACUGUUUUGUUGCUGUUUGAUGAAUUCAUUGUUUUUUCUCAGUCAUGAUUUCAAUGAGUGUGCGUGAGAGAAAGUUGCGUUGGUGUUUUUUAAUGAGUUGGUGACAUGCUUGGAUGUGUUUUUAUUUCCUCUCAGAAUUGUGCUAGAAGCAUUCUCAUAUUUUUAUGGCUCACCGUAUUCUUUGUAGUGUUGAAUUGAGCCAAAGACAAAUGAUAGAGCCUUGUCAGAGGGGCGCAAUGGUUUUUAUGUACAAAUAAAAUAUGAAAUCCCCACUAAACCAGCACCCUCCCUCUCCUCACAUUCCCCCUCCCCAUGUUUUUAACUUGCUACUGUAGACUGUUUUACUCCUACUGCCACAAUUGAUGAGCUGCUCCUUAAUGGGAUAUGUCUGAUACCAGAGCGUGAACAAAACACUGCUAAUCACUGAGAAAACCUCACCCCUGCUGAGUUAUGUGCUUCAGCAGUGUGUUGAUGGAAAUGUAUGCAAUUUGACACCUGACAAAAAUGUCAGUCCUUCAGACUAUGAGCCUUUAAGACAUGUACCAUUCUGUAUCAUGAUGCCCCCAUUUGGUUGGCCAUUUAAGCUUUAUCUCAGUUUUUAGCAUUGUGAUUUCUUACAUCAUGUGUGAGUGUCAGUUUGGUGAAGAGUGACUGGUCAAUGUUGAAAUACUUAACUUAUUUAUGAACGUAGUAUCCUAUAGAGGAAGGUAAGCUCCAUAUUCUUGCUAUUGGAUAAUAAUUUAAAAAUUGUCAGAUGUGAUUGUACUGCCACCUAGUGGUGCUCUGUUGCUAUGUCUGUGUUACUCAAGGCGCUCAAAAAAAAAGAGGAAAAAUACUGUGUGCAAGUGUUUUAUUUAAAAAAACAAUAAAGGAAAACAAUACAAACGUA